CAACAAUGUGGCAAACGUUGUCUUUUCUCAUGGUAUAAACAUCUCUGUCAUUUUACCAGCUAAUGCAGCCAUGAGCCUGCAGCUGCUUCCGCAUAGUAAUCACCACAUGAUUGAGCGGAUGGGCUAGGUCAUUAUCUCUGUCCCUAUAAAUACAGUCGAAUCGGUGCUAAUCUUGCCAAGCCAUAUAGCUACAGCUACAAGUCUGCAACGAACUAGGAAAAACAGAGAAGUUACCAUAUACAAGAGGGUCCCCGUAAAACCCAAUGGCUUCCCGGCAAGUGCUGCUUUUGGCUGCCGCCGCCGUCGGCGUCAUGGUCCUCCUCGCCCCGGCCUCCGCCGAGGUCUUCAUGGUCGGGGACGCCGCCGGCUGGACCCUCAAAUACCCUCCGACCUGGGCCGACGGCAAAACCUUCGUCGUUGGCGACAGCCUAAUGUUCAUGUACCCCGCCGGCGAGCACACGGUGGUCGAAGUGGGCGGCAUGGAGUUUAUGACUUGCAACGUGACGGGGAACAAGGGCAUCUGGAACUCAGGCAGCGACACCAUCACGCUCAGCAAAUCCGGGAAGAGGUGGUUCGUCUGCGGCGUGAGCGACCACUGCGCUCAGGGCAUGAAGCUAGUAGUGACCGUCGUUGACGUCGCCACGCCGGCCCCAGCUUCCCCGCCUGAAAGUUUCAGGUGUUGUUGAAUGUAGUUCGUUGAUACGAGACCAUGAGAAUGUACAACGAACAAUAAGUGGACUAUCAUAUAUCAUAUCAUAUACA